CAUCAUCAAAAUUUCUCAAAAAGGGAACGAAGAACACAUACCUAUUUGAGAGCUCUUCAGUUGUUUUUUAGGGGAAAAGAAAGGAUGAGUUCGAGGGUUCUGAUUUUACUGGGUGUUUUGGUUGCUUGUGUUCUUCUCAUCUCCUUGGAGGUAUCUGCCAGAGAAUUGGCCGAGACUACUUCCAAGGAAGAAGAUGCGACAUCCGCCACAACCACGGAGGCAAACGAUGUAAAUGAUGCCAAGUACGGCGGAUACGGAGGAUACCCGGGCGGUGGGUCCGGAGGUUACCCAGGCAGCGGUGGAUACGGAGGAAACCCAGGCGGCGGGCAUGGAGGAUACCCCGGCCGAGGUGACCCAGGCCGUGGGAGCUAUGGCGGUGGCCGUGGAGGUUACGGACGACCCUGCCCCUACGGUUGCUGUGGCAGCAGACGAGGGUACUACGGUGGAGGCUGCAGGUGCUGCACUUAUGCUGGCGAGGCCGCUGAGACCGAGCCAGAAGAGAAGCCUCAGAACUAAAAGAACGACGACAACAACAAGGCCAGGCAUUGCAUAUGCAACCUGUUUUGCAUUAGUUAUAUAGAUUCAGAAAAUGCCUUGUAUUGUAUGAUGUGGUGUGAGCAUGAAUGAGCUAUGUAGUGCACAUGAAUAAAACUUUGUGAUGUGUGUAUGGAGCGUCUUCAAUAAAAAAAGAUGAGAGUGUUUGUGUUGAUUUUGGGUUGGCUGAACAAAUUUAACGAUACAACCGUUGUGUAUCGUUAAAUUUGGGUUGGCUGAACAAGUGUUUGUAUUGUAUGAUGUGGUGUGAGCAUGAAUGAGCUAUGUAGUGCACAUGAAUAAAACUUGUGAUGUGUGUAUGGAGCGUCUUCAAUAAAAAAAGAUGAGAGUGUUUGUGUUGAA